UCCUAUUCUCAUCAAGAUCAAGUAUUUUUUUUCCUUUUAAUUUUCUGACGUGGAACUAACAUAGUGGCAAAGAGCGGACACAUGUCAUAACUGGGUGCCAGAUUUUUUUACCUCGCGUCAUUUGUAGUUUCUGAACAAUUCACUCAUAGUUUAGCUACUUUAAUGUGACAAAUUAAAAAUGUUGUAUGGCUUUACUACUAUGUAGAGUAAAUAAAGUACAUUGACCAUAUAAAUUGACCAAUUGUGACUAUAAAAUCUCACCCUCACCCUUGCCUAAUGCUUGUAUAUAUAUUUAGCGCUUGCCUAGUAUAAUGUCAACAUAAUAUCGAGAUCAAAUGGCAAAUCUUGUUUCAGACGGGGCUAAAAACUUUUACAUCGUGCCUGAAAAUUAUGUAAUGCCACCUGAUAAAAAGCCUAGUGAACUUGUCUCAAUUGGUAGCAAUAUUCCAGUGACUGAUCUAGCAAAAGCAUCAUCAAGCACUAUUAAUCAUGCUGGUUUAGUCCAAGAAAUGCUAAAUGCCAGUCAAGAAUUUGGUUCAUUUCAGAUUGUAAACCAUGGAGUAUCGGAAAAGUUAAUGGAUGAUGUGAUGGAUUUAUUCAAGGAGUUAUUCGAGGGUUCAAAUAAGAGUUGCAAAGUGUAUGGAAGUGGGGUUAUUAAUCACGCCAACAAAGAGGUUCGUUACUGGAAAGAUCUUCUCAUACAACCUGUCUUUCCUAUUUAAGAAUAGACACAACAUUGGCUUGACAAUCCACCUAGAUAUAGGUAUGAUCUCUCUCUCUAUUCGAGAAAUCAGGAUUCCUCCUAAAUUACAUUGAUUUAUCCUAAAAAUUUCAUUUCAAUUGAAAUUUGGUUAUUCAGCAGGUACAUUACAACUAAGUUAUAAUCAAUCUAUUCUAGGUACAGAGUUUGCUUAUAUUAGCCGAGGUAUUACAAUGAACAUGUCUCAGUUUUGAUGAACCAAAAGCCAAGAAAGUACUCCCUCGUUUCAUUUCAUAUUGUGGUGUUUAAUUUGACU